UGGGGCUCACGGGAAGCCUGACGGAAUCUCUUCCCAUCUGCUUGCAACUGGGCGAAAUGAGAAGCAGGGCACUCUGAGAUGGAGCUAAACUGGAAGUUAGUCUCAAGACCAAGUUCUGCAACAGUUCGGGUCACAGAUUUGGGUUGGCAAGGCCUGAAUCCCAGUCCAUUGAUUAAAGAUGAUGAUGAAGAGCUACUUGUGGAUGAAUAUCUUUCUCCCAGUAAGUUGAGAACACUGACAGGACUGGAUGAUCUGCGGCAAGUGAAGGCCCUAGAGAUGCGUGUAGACACAAGAGAGAACAGCUUGGGAAACUUUGGUACUUAUCUCCCUAAUCUAAAACAACUGAAACUGAACAACAGUGUGCUUGCAUCUGUGAGGGAUCUUGGAACAGCCCUGUCUCAUCUCCAGGUCCUGUGGAUGGCUCGCUGUGGUCUUCCAGAUUUAGAUGGGAUCUCUUCCUGCUGCUCUUUAAAGGAACUCUACGUAGCCUACAACAAUAUCGCUGACCUAGGUCAAGUGGGCCAGUUGGAGCAUCUUGAGAUUCUAGACCUAGAAGGAAACAACAUUGAGGACCUGAGUCAGAUUCAGUAUUUGGGGCUCUGUACGAAACUGUCUACUCUUACAGUGGAAGGAAACCUUAUUUGCUUGAAGCCAAGCCCACAAUCUUCAGAGGUUCCAGGCUACAAUUACAGAGCUGAAGUGAAGAAACUCAUUCCUCAUUUAAAAUGUUUGGAUGAAAUACCAGCAGACCAAACUGCUCUCCCUUUCCCAUGCAAGAUGAACAAGGAUUGGCUCAUUGUCAAGGACUCAAUCAAAGAAGGCAGUUUAGUAGAAGAGGCUUUGGGUUCAGGUUUAGAUUCUCAUUCAGGAACCAUAGCAACAAGGCCCUGCUCUGCCUUGAGACCUUCCACAACACAGUUCUUAUUAGCUUCCAGACCUCAGACUGCACAGAAACCUCCCAGCGCUCAUUUGAUUUCCGGUUGUAGCACCCUCCUGGAGUCUACCGUCUGUGAUGAGCUAUUGCCUGAAGAUGAUGCCAGUGACUUGACCCAUGGUGUCAGCAGAGUUAUAUGUGGGAAUCCCAUCAAAGCUCUUCAUGCACGGAGACAAAAACUAGGUUCUGCAGUAAUGAACCUGUUCCAACCACCAUGUCAUCUGUCAGAACAUACCUAUGACUUUGAAGACACUGCUUGUGCAAAUGGAGAAGAUAUCUUUGCUGAGCUGAAACUCUUGAAAGAGCAUCAUUAUCAGCACCUUCAAGCCCUCCAAAGAGAGAGUUCCCCCCAGAUACUAAAAAUAAGACACAGUGAUGAGGAGGCAGAAAACUACAGCCUGAGUGACAGCUGCGAUGAAGACAUGAAAGAAACCACUCAGGAGGACAUCCGGGAAAUCACACCACCAGAUUCUUCCUGUCAGUCCCAUCUUUUCCAGUUACCUUCAGAUUCAGCACUCAUCCAGGAAAAUGCACUGCCCACUAUUAUAAAGCCUGCUCUCGUACCCUCUCCUCCGAAAUCUCCCUCGCCUGCAUCUAUACAGGGUGUGACCACUGGGCUUGUCAGAGCCAGAUGCCUGAAAAUACCCAGUUCGAAAAAGGCAGUUCAGCUGAAGCCACAGUCUCCAUCAUCCGCGAACAGAGAGGCCCUGCAGCAUAUGGCUGAGAAGACGGCUGUUCUGAGUCUCAACAGAAAAUCAGAUUCCUCGUCUAAUGCAUCGUUCUUACGACAGAGGCAUAGGACUUGUAGCACUGACAGCAAGCAGGUCAGGAGACCCAUUUCAGGACUGGCAGCAAUUGGACCAACAAACAACAGAGCCACUGUGGAUAGAAACCUCCCCAAGAUGAUCAACACCCAUCAACCUGUUGUCCGCUCAUGCACAAAACCCCCCGAGAGAUUUGCUGUGCUGAACGUGGUCCGCCCUCUGACCGCCAAGGCGGCCCUGCAGAGCUUGCCAAACAGGCCGGAUAUCUCAAUGACGGCUCAAAGCAAGACUCCCAGAUUGUAGGAAAUGCCCUGAGCAGCUGUGCGCAUGCUGUUGCCAAGUCACAGAAGCCUUCAGCUGCUUUCUGUGUUUCCCGUCUUCCUAUGAGCAACACAGGCUGGCUUCUCUGAUUCAUCCUGAGCGCUAAGGACAACAGGGCCUCCAGGCAAGCAAAGCAGUUUAAAGAAACAAC